CUGAUCAGUGCAGCAGUAGACCGGAGGAAAAGCGGGUCUGAGUUAACGCCAGCUAUUCGUACAGUUAAAACAACCGCACAAAAUAAGAUAAAAUGAGACCAGGAUUCAGCCCAAGGGGAGGUGGUGGUCGUGGAGGAUUUGGUGGAAGGGGACGAGGCGGAGGAGACCGCGGAGGAAGAGGAGGAUUUCGAGGAGGCAGGGGUGGUUUUGGUGGAGGAUUCAAGUCUCCGGGAGGUGAAGGUGGCUUUCGUGGACGAGGCGGAGGCCGUGGCACUCCUAGAGGACGGGGAGGAGGAAGAGGGGGAGGACGAGGAGGCUUUAGAGGAGGAGCCAAGGUGACCGUAGAACCCCAUAGACAUGAAGGAGUUUUUAUCUGCCGUGGUAAGGAGGAUGCUCUGGUCACAAAGAACAUGGUGAUUGGAGAGUCUGUGUACGGAGAGAAGAGGAUAAAUGUCGAGGAAGGAGAAACUAAGAUUGAGUACAGAGCGUGGAAUCCUUUCAGGUCAAAGUUGGCCGCUGCCAUUUUAGGAGGUAUUGACCAGAUCCACAUCAAGCCAGGAGUAAAGGUCAUGUACCUGGGAGCCGCUUCAGGAACUACUGUAUCCCAUGUUUCUGACAUUGUUGGACCGGAAGGGUUGGUGUAUGCUGUUGAGUUCUCACACAGAUCGGGCAGAGACUUGCUUAAUGUAGCGAAAAAAAGAACCAAUAUUAUUCCCAUCAUUGAAGAUGCCCGACACCCGCACAAGUACCGCAUGCUUGUCGGAAUGGUGGACGUCAUCUUUGCUGAUGUUGCUCAGCCUGACCAAACCAGAAUUGUUGCCCUCAACGCACACAAUUUUCUAAAGAACGGAGGCCAUUUUGUUAUUUCAAUCAAGGCGAACUGUAUUGACUCCACAGCAGCUCCAGAAGCAGUGUUUGCGUCCGAGGUGAAGAAGAUGAGCGCUGAGAAUAUGAAGCCUCAGGAGCAGCUCACACUGGAGCCAUACGAGAGAGAUCACGCUGUCGUUGUCGGAAUCUACAGACCACCACCCAAGGGGAAGAAAUAAGGAUUUAUUGUGAAAACUUUCAUCUCUUGUUCGCAUCCUUCUUCGCUCCUGAAAUUCUUGCUUCAGCCACUAGAUGGACCCACAGUUUGCAGAUGACAAAAGACUGAUAUAACUGAACCAUUUUCCUGCAUCCAUUGGGACGGGAGUGCAUCCCGCUGCAAUAUAUUCUUUAUGGAGAGUAACACAGCUCCCGGGUUUUUCUGUUUUGUUUUUUCUUUGUAUGAUUAUCCUCUGUGUAAUAUACAGUACCGAGAGAUGAAUUUUGAGUUUUGCUUGUCAGAAUUAUUGGAAUCUCGAUUAACUAGAUCAACAGUUUUCAGAAGCAUACCUUUGUUAUUGUUUCUUUAAAUAUUUUUAGUAAAACAUUUUUAUCUGA